AUGGAUUCGGAGGGUGCAUAUUGGAUGGGUGUGGAUAAUCUUCCUGAGAAGUACGGAGAGGGUCCGUUCCCCUCUUCUUUGAGGAAAAUCUCCUUCCAAGGGAUAGUUCCAGUCCUGUGGCAUUCCCAUACCCAGCUCAUGCUCAGGGAACUGGACAGGAAUUAUGCAAAAUCACCUGCAAUCUCACCAGGUAAAGGCUUUCACAACCAGGCUCGUUACACAUAUGCAACUAUCCACCAGAGGGACAUCAACCAAUGA